CCCAAGCCUGCCCUCAGUCAGAACUUGGGGCGCCUCAGGCUCCGUCAAAGAGAAUGGCGAGAUUUUCUCCAAUGUGAAUUGAGCCACUGGGCUCUGUCUUGGGGGGCCAAGACCAAACAGCCUUCUGGGAGGUCACCGGUGGCCUCGGGCCAGACUAGGCUCCAGGAGCGCCUUUGCUGGAAUCGCUUGCGUUGGAGGAGGCGGAGGAGGCAACACCGGCAACUGUGACUCUUCCUCCCCUCUCUCUGUGUCUCCACUUGUCUUGCUUCCCUAUCUCAGCCACUUGGAAAGGUGGCACUUGUGACAGCUGCUACUGGGCUCCCCAGCCAUUGAAACCAGCCUCACAGCAGAAGCGUACGAUCCAGGGCAGAGCCUUCAAGGUUGUUGGAGAAGAAAAGGAAGACAAACACAACCGACGAGAGUGAGAGAGCUCAGUCCAGGAGCAGCAGGAUGGCAGCUGAGACUCUGAACUUUGGGCCAGAGUGGCUCCGGGCGCUCUCCAGCGGCGGAAGUGUUGCGUCCCCUCCACCCUCCCCUGCCAUGCCAAAGUACAAACUAGCUGAAUACCGAUAUGGGAGGGAAGAGAUGUUGGCACUUUACAUCAAAGACAACAAGGUCCCAGAGGAAAUCCAGGACAAAGAAUUCUCUGCCAUUCUCCAGGAUGAUCCUCUGCAACCCCUGGCAUUAGUACCGUUGACAGAAGAAGAACAGAGGAACUUCUCCAUGUCUGUGAAUAGUGUUGCAGUGCUGAGGCUGAUGGGAAAGGGGACUGGAGCUGCCCCCGCCGGGGUCUCCCGGGGCAGGGGCAGCACACGAAGCCGAGGCCGUGGCCGUGGCGAGAGUGGCUUUUACCAAAGAAGCAUUGAAGAGGUGGAAGGAGCAUUUGGCCGUGGUGGGGUUCGUGAGAUACACCGUAGCCAGAGUUGGGAUGACCGAGGGGAACGUCGGUUUGAGAAGCCCAUUCGACGGGAAGUAGCCCGGGCACCGUUUGAGGAAGGAGCCCCUCCAGGCCGGAAGGACUUUGCCCGCUCAGAUAGCGACAACUGGCGGACACUCCGAGAGGAGCACGAGGAAGAAGAGGAGAGUGGUGGAGGCACUGUGGCCGGCUCAGGAGGCAGCUGGCGGCAGAGUGGGGGAGCCAGGCGGGAGAGUGAGCGCUGGCGGUCAGCCAGCCCAGAUGGAGGGCCUCGGUCAGCAGGAUGGAGAGAGCAUGGUGGGGAAGGACGCAGGCGGAAGUUCGACUUCGACUUCCGAGAUCGUGAGGAUGAGCCGCGGGGUGGGCGGCGCCAUCGGCACAACAGCGACAGCUUUGAGGAUGAUAAGGAUGGGCUGCCCGAAUGGUGCUUGGAAGAUGAGGAAGAGGAAAUGGGGACCUUCGACUCUUCCGGGGCCUUCAUGUCCCUCAAGAAGAGCCCUAAAGAGGCAAUUCCUGAAGAGCAGGAGUUAAGUUUCCAACCCUUGCAAGAGGAAGAGGAAGAGGAAGAGGAAGAGGGGGAAGAAGACCUGCCAGAGGCCAAGGAUGGGAGUCAGAGGGGUAAUGGAGAGGUUCCUGUCAGCCCCACAGCCAAGGAGGGGUCAGACAGAGAAUGGAAGGAGCCCCGACAAGCGCCAGAUGAGACCGUGCCAGCCCCUCCCGGUGCCCUGUGGCGCUCUGCCCCCCCUUUCUCCCUGGCUGCUGCCACCCUACCAGCUGGUGAAUGUGAAACAGUUGGCCCAGGGGGUUCCUCUAAAACUGAGGGGUCCGUGCUGGCAGCCAGCAGCAACCAGGCUGCCGAAACGAUGGAUGGGGAUCCAGGCCUCCUAAGCUCACCAACUCAGCUCAACCCUGUUGCCAUCUCGGUUCUCCCAGCAUCAGUACCUUCAUCCACAACUGCUGUCAGUGCUGCUGCUGAAUUUGCUGUUGGGGACAAUGAGGAUGAAGAUGGGAUGAAACACCUGCAGCAGGAAGCCGAGAAGAUGGUGGCGUCCUUGCAAGACAGCUCACUAGAGGAGGAGCACUUCACCCAGACCAUUGUGGAUCACCGCAACACAGCCGCUGCCUUGCCACUAUCCCACGAAGCAGCCAUGAAGUGGUUCUACAAGGAUCCCCAGGGGGAGAUCCAAGGGCCCUUCACGACUCAGGAGAUGGCGGAGUGGUUCCAGGCUGGCUACUUCACGAUGUCGCUGCUGGUGAAGCGGGGCUGUGAUGAGGGCUUCCAGCCACUGGGAGAGGUCAUCAAGAUGUGGGGAAGAGUGCCUUUUGCUCCGGGUCCAUCACCUCCGCCUUUACUGGGAAACAUGGACCAGGAGCGUUUGAAGAAGCAGCAAGAGCUGGCUGCAGCCGCUCUCUACCAGCAGCUGCAGCAUCAGCAGUUGCUUCAGCUUUUCAGCAGCAGGCAGCAGUAUGCCCUCCAGCAGAAGCUGGCCACGGGCGACCUGACACCCCAGCAACUCACCACCUUCCUCCAGCAGCUGCAGGCUCUCAAACCGAGAUCAGGGGAGCAAGGGAUAAUUCCUUCUAUGAACCGAUCUAUAUCUGUGCCAGACACCGGGUCCCUGUGGGACGCACAUACCUCAGCCUCACCGCAAGCAGGCGGUGAAGCCAGUUUAUGGGAUAUUCCAAUUAACUCUUCAACUCAGGGUCCAAUCUUAGAACAACUUCAGCUGCAACAGAAACUGCAAGAGCGGAGAGGCGCAGAACUCAGGGCCAAGCGGGACGAAGAGGAGCGGAAACGGCGCCAGGAGGAGCAAAAGCGGCGCGAGGAGGAGGAGCUCUUCCGGCGCAAGCAGGCGAGGGCGAGUGCUGGCACUGCCCCUCAUGUGCAGCUAUCCUCUUCCUCCACCUCUUCCUCCUGGGGUCAGCAGUCUAUCAACAGCAACUCCUCCAGCCAGAACAGCUUUAGCAUCGCUGACAUCCAGAAGAUGGGGGAUGCCCGGGCCUGCCGAGAACUACGGGAAGCACGGGAAGAAUGUCGGCAGCAGGAGCUUCUUCUGAAGCUGCUCCAACAGCAACAGCAGCAGCAGAAUUCGCAUCCGCUGUGGGGUGGUAUGUCCAAGCAGAGCGUCUCCAUGAAGGCCCUGCUGGAGCUACAGCAGGAGAGUGAGAGGCACCUGCAGAAGCAGCAGCAAAGGGGGCAGUCAAGGGGGCAUGGCACUCACAGCCUGGCCAGCCUCCAGUCACAGUGGGGAGUGGAUUCGGGCUCGCUCUGGGGAGGGCACGACAAGAACAGUUCCAUCAGCCUCUGGGAAGAGAGCAUGAAGAACGCCGGACCCCUGGCCCGGAGCCUGGGCCUGAAGAACAGCCGGAGCAGCCCCUCUCUGGGGGACACAUACAGUGCCUCCUGUCGGCAGGGCCGGAAGAAGACCGACGAGGAGGAGAAGCUCCUGAAGCUGCUGCAGGGGUUCCACAAGCCGCCCCCGCAGGACGGGUUCACCCAGUGGUGUGAGCAGAUGCUGCACGCCCUCAAUACCUCCAGCAACCUUGAUGUCCCCACUGUGGUAGCAUUCCUGAAGGAGGUGGAGUCCCCCUACGAUGUCCACGACUGCAUUCGCUCCUAUCUGGGAGACACCCUGGAAGCCAAAGAGUUCGCAAAGCAGUUCCUUGAGCGCCGUGCCAAGCAGAGAGCCAAUCAGCAGCGCCAGCAGCAGCAGGAAGCCGCCUGGCUGAGCCCCAGCAGCCUGCAGUCCCUUUUCCAGUCCAACCACAAUCCCAAGAUGUCAUCUUUCGAGAGCAGCCAAGCCAUGAAGAGCAAGAGGCGUCCUGUGAUGAUCCAUGCAGAUCCCAGCAUCCUUGGCUACGCCCUUCACGGCUCCUCAAGCGAGUUGGAAACAGUGGACGACUACUGACUGAGCGCCUCACAGCAAUAGGAAUCUCUCUCUUCUCUUUCUCUCCUCUCUCUUUCUGUUCUCUCUUCUCUCCUCUUCUGCCGCUGCUGCCUUGAUUUUAACCAAUUUCAGUUUCGGCUGAAUUUCAGUGCACUGCAGGAGAGGCAGCGGGGGCUCCGUUCCCUGCCCUCCUCCUCCCCCCUUCCGCGCGGAAGAGCGGUCAGUGGCGGCACGGAUCAGUCGGACCAGGAUGCCAGGAGGACGUCCAAGCACUUCUUUCCUUGCAAAAAAGCACCUUAAAAAUGAACAAAAGACUUUUUUUCUGCCAUGCACUUUAUCAGAACUUUGGUUUUUUUACAGUGACUUGUUACAGAUUCAAAAGAAAAGAGGGAAAAAAAGGAAAAAAAUACUUUUUUUGGAGUUUCUUCUGGAAGACAUUUUUUUUAAAAAAAAGAAGUUUAAAAAAAACCUACAAAAAGUUUAUCUUUAAAAAAGAAAACACUUAUUUUUCACAUGAGGAUAUAAGUUUAAAAAAUGUGAAUGGCAUUUUCACAGAAGCUUGAUAUAAAAUGAUUUAUAGGACAAAAAACUUGAAGAAAUGCACUUAGAAAAAAAAAAGAACUGUGUUGUUGUUUUUUAAUUUUAUUUUAUUUUCCUCCUUUUUUGGAUACAUCUAGAUGAACGUGUAAAUACUGUUGAGACUCUUAUUCCGCACAGUAUAUUUUCUCUUACAAAGAGGCCAUUUUAUAUAAGACUUUUGUUGGAUGGUUUAUUGUCGUCAGUUUUUUUGUUUUUGUUUUGAAAAAAGAAUUGCACAAAAAGGCCUGCCCUCCUUCUCUCCCUCCCCAUUUUCCCUUCUUCUGGACGUACAAUUCUCUUCGACAUGGGGUUUUAUUAAGAAAAAAGAAGAAAAUUUUGCAACAAAAAAGAAAGAAAGAUGAAUUUCACACACUAAUGAUAAAGUGGGUUGGUCCCAGAAGCUGCUUUGCUCUUCCUUCCCCACAAAAAAGGUGAAUCCCAGACCCAUUUCCCUGCGGUUGGCUCCAGAUGCUUCUUCUGGGAAUCCAUCCUGUGGCUCCUCCAUUCUUCUUCCUUCUGGAUUGCUCCCCAAACCUCCCAAUGGACAACCUAUAUAUAUAUAUAAUGCUGCAGCUCCUCAGCAAAAUGGUUUUUUUCCUUCAGCGACUCUUCUGUGGGUGUGAGAUGCACUUUUAAAAAAGAAAUACGAGAAGAAAAGCGCUGAAUGUCGUGAGUCUUUAAUUUUUGAGGACUCAUCUUUUCUCCGGCUCCCUUGCACCCCUUGGGCACCUCUGCACCAUCCUCCUCCAUUUUCAUUUUGGUUUUGCAUACCUGUAUACAGAUGGGAGUCAAAUCAUAAUGGAAGUUUUUCUUUUGGCGAAGGGUGCAGAGAAAGACUCGCAUUCCCAUGCGGGCAUCCGCCUCGGGGCUCUUCUGCAUGCGCUGGAAACAGAAAUGAAUGUAUCCGACUCGGGUGACCGCUUUUGCUCCGGAGCCACCGUUAUCUCUCCCCGACCCGAAAAAGCUGCCUGUUGACAGUAUUUGUCACCCGACAGACCACCACAAGUUCCCUUUGUCCAUGGAGUGUGAGCAAGAGAUUGGGGAUGACAGUUGUGGUUUUGUGCGGGGCUGAGUUUCCCCCCUAAAGGAAGCUGUUCGUCUCUGGUCUGGUAGAGCUCCGGUGGUGCUAAAAGAGUUAAAAAAACCCUCCCAAUACCUCUGUUUAGGGGCAAACAUUUCUGUACGUGUUUUUUGUGGCUGCGUAGCACUCUGUGUGUGUGUGUUUGUGUAUACACACACAUACCUACACACAGUAUCUGUGUUAUAUCUCUCUAUAUCUAUCCCAACAUAAUUUUGCUUGAAUAGAUUGGGGUGGGAGGGAUUAGCUGAGAAGGAGCAUUGUUUCUUUUCUUUUGUUUACAAUCGUAUCCUGGGUCCCGCAGGGGCUGGUGGCGCACAUAGGGUACUUACUCCGUGGUCCUGGAGAGGCAGAGGGGCGAACGGGUGUGUGGGUGCGUGUGUCUCUGUAUGCAAACAAUUGGCACACUUUCUCUCUCACUCUCUGCCAAUGCACAUCGCUCCAAACUCUGCAAAGUGCAUUCAGAGGAAGAGAGGUGGUGGGGACUGGCCACAAGCAUCACUUUUUGCCCCUCCUCUCCCAUGUCCCCCCCCCCAAAAAAAUUCCUUCCUCUUGGAAGUUGAAAGUUGGGGUGUGAGUCUGGAAAACCCGCACCCUUCCCCUAUUUGCUCCGUUGGGACUGGCUGUUUUUGUGCCCACAAUGGGUUGCACAAGUGGAGACGGAAUCCUCCUUCUACGGGUGCCAUGUUUUUGUUCCCCUCUCUCCUCUUUGUAUGUGUGUGGUUUUCUUCUCCCCCUCUUGGGGUGAAAAGAACACAAUCAGUGCAGGCUUUGAGUGUGUACCACCACCCACAAGAACCAUUUUCCCCUUCAUGACCAAAAUGGUAAAGGACCUUCUUUUUGGGGGAGGUGGGGGGUUUCUCAUAUGGUACCAAGCUGUGCUGAGACCACAACUCCGGCUGAAGAAGGAAUGUGGGGCUGUGUGUGUGAGACUGGCUGCGUGUGUGUCAUAAUUUCAAUAGUCCUUGUCAUUAAUACUGUGAUGUUUUAAUGGUUCCUGUGUUACAAGGCAGGAGGAGGAGGGGACCAAGGAUGCUUCCUGCGCCCCCCGUUUUCUCGCCUCGCUGGGGCUGGAGGGCUGCCGCUUUCUGGGACAUGAACUCACUGUGGGCAUCUCUGCCCCUCUUUGCCUCGCCUCCCUUUUUGGUCAGUAUUGAGCCACAGAAGAGACCUUUUGGACACAGCUGCCCACUGGCAAUGACUCUGGGCUCCGUUAUCAGUGGCUCUGGACAUUUCCCUGCCCCAGCGCUGGCACCAAAAGGGAGGCUGGCUUGGCUUGGCCUCACCUUGCCCCCAUUGUUGCCUCCUGUGACUCUUGGCUCCUGAGGGACAACCACAAUGCCAUCUUGGAAUCGUCUCUUGGACCAGUCCGGUUCUCCUCCUCCUUUGGACGUCGCCUCAAGAAUGUAUGUGCGUAAGAGCUUCUUCCUCGCCUGCCUUUUCCAAACAAGGGCUGUCUUUUGAUUUUUAUAUUUUGACCUGUUGGAUCCUCCUCUUGAGUCGCAUGCUUUGCUUUGCAGAGUCUGCCGCGGUGGAGAUGGGGAAUGUGCCCCACCCCAAAUCUUCCAGCCACAUUACCUUUUUAUUUUCCCUUUCUUUUGCACCAAAACCUUUCCAGCAGGAUGGGAAUUCAAGUAAUCCUAAGACUUCUUUUCCUUCUGAAAAUCAAGGUACGAGCGAAGUUUACAUUAAGAGCUGGCUUAUAGCACAGGACUCCUCAGCCCUUUGCCUGAAAUCCUGUGGGCUGGUCGGGGUGUGAGUGUGUUUGUGUUGGGGAGGGGGGAAGACACCACGGGGG